GCAGCAAGACAAAUCUAGCACCACACAGCAGGCAGGAAGAGAGUGCACUGCUCAUCCUUUCGGUUUUGUCAGUGUAUGGGAAUGCUGGACAUCAACACACAGCAAGGGAUUCGGCCGAAAGCACUCCUCCUCAGCAUCUGAGCCCUGCUGCCUUCACCCUCGUUUGGAAGAUACAGAUGUCAGAAGCCAAGACAGACAAGGCACAAAUCAAACCAGCAGAAAGUUUUGAAAAUGACAAGCAAAAUAUUUCUUGGCUGAAGAAAGAACUGACCAAGUCCAUCCUCCAGCCCCAUGGAGACUCAGACAGCUGCACCAGCUCCCUGCCUCUCCCAGUUCUCCAUGAGGUGAUGCUGAGCAGUGAGGACCACCCAGAAAACCAGCUUACAAAUGAAAAACAUACGGAUGAAAAGACUGUGAAAGGUAUUGUUAUGAGUUCAGUCGCAGAAUUUAGCAUGGCAGACACUUCAUCAAAAGAAACCAAAAAUGAGAAGAAAUUGUCAGAAGCAAGCAGAUCAUCCAUUGCUUCCCUGGAGAAAUGCAGAGAAUUCACCUACAUUGAAGACGAUGCCUCAGUUCAUCAGAGAGACAGUGAUGAUGAAUGUGCAACACUUAUCCUGGCCUGCUUAUUCUGCCAGUUUUGGGACUUUCUUAUAAUGCUGCCUGAUACCUGUGAACACUGGCUGAUAGAUACCUGUUGUCCAUCCAAUAGAUACUACCAGACCUCCGAUGAAGACCACUCCAACAAUGACUGCAACUGUGACUGUGACAUUGAUUGCAGCCUCUUUGAGUCCUGCCACGAGACUGGCGAGUGCCUGGAACUUGCCAUGGAGAUUUCUGAAGUCUGCUAUCGCUAAUAGGAAAACAAUUGACAAAAAUCCUGAAAACUGCCUGAAAGGGAUUGGACAGAGUACAAGGAGACCCUUUUUUUUUUAGUGAAAAAAACCCACAACAGGAAUGUUUUCCAACCAGGACUAUGCCAUCAUGCUGCUCCCACCCUUGAGGUCUGUAUAUCUGUAACAUUCUGGUUCUAUGACAAUAAAGGGCAAAAAAAAUAAAAGAUCUCCUUUGCCAUAGACAACAACAGAAUUCCUAAGUGCCAAGUGUGAUCCAUGUGUUACCCGCUGCCAAUGCAAUGCUUUUAUAAACCCCUAAUUGCUUUAAACAUGGAUUUCCCCCAUUCACAAACACAGGACAAAUUAGGACGUUCUUUUAGGACUGAUAUAUAUUAGUUCAUCUUCCUAAUGGAUUCAUACAUAAACAUGUAUUACACAUUGUUGGUUAUUAUUAAUAAUGUAUGAUACAGCAUCAUUUUAUAAUUAAAAAUUUAUUUAUUCAAUCUCUUAAAACACACUUAUAUAUGCUCAGUUUAGGUAGAAAAGAAAAUUAAAUGAAUUAGAAACCAUGCUAGCUGUAAUUACAGCAAAUGCCUCUAAAAACCUCCAGUGAAUUUUGUGGAGGAAGCACUUUAACAGGGUAGCGCAGUGUAUUAAUGUGCAUGCCUAUGGUUAUGUAAUAACAGGUUAUGCCUAUUGUUCAUUAGUUGCAGAAAAGGGCUCCUUAAGUGUAAUUAGCCUAAAUGGGAAUUGACUGCACACUUCCAGAGGAGAAUUACCCCAUGGAUAGCCAGUAACUCCUUUGCCUGAUUUUCAUUUGCAAAAUUCCUGCAAGCAGCAGAAUAUUGCCACCUAUUCUAGUGGAAACAGGCAUCUCUACCUGUGCACAAAAGAUUACAAAAUGACAGUAUCUAUCCUGGUUGUGCUUUCAGACUCCCUCUAUCUCUUUUCUGAUGGCAGGUCUGAUUAAUAGAAAGGAAAUACAUAUUGUGCAUCACACAUAUGACAACAAAAGCACGUAAACUCAGCCGCCUCAAGGUGCAGAACGAUCGUAUUAAGCACAGAGAAAAAUGCAGAGUUGCUUGCUCUCAUUAGAUAUUUAUAGACUAAUACCAAAGACCACAUUUGAUUUGUAUAGUCACAAAAUGUCCCAGAACCCCACUGAUCUCAGCAUAGAAAUGCCUGGGGUAUCCCAAAGAAGAGUUCUGGACAAAACUACAGGAUACUCAGCUUUGCUGAAAUCAUUGAAGCCACUUGUUUAAUAAUCUGAGUCUCAAAUCUCCAGUUGUGCCACACCCAUCUUUAAUGUAUGGAAACAGAGACCAAUGUGAAUUUCUAUUGUUUUCAUCUUCUGGAAAUCAUAAAGCAAGGAGUAGGUAUAAAUGCUAACAAUCUUUACCAAAUAUCUUUCAAAGUUUCUUUACCUCAUAGAAAAUGAAAUACUUUUACAAUAACAAAUAAACAAAUGAGGUAGCUUUGAGGACAACAAAACUAGAAAUGCAGCCUGACGCCCAACAUACCUUGCUUCUGUGCUCCUUCCAGGACAUCGGUGGGAAAAAUAAUAGGUUUUCUUCUUCUAAUUACAGUGGCCUUUUGUGAGUUGUAGCCACUUGAAGGAAGAAAGUCAUUAGUUCUUAAUUGUCACACCUGUGCCAACCUGCCAGAUGCAAUGGGACCUAAACAUGGAAAGUGCUAACCACCACCAUCUGCAAGGCACUGUAUUUGCACACCUGGGGCUGAGCAAUGCUGAGCUUCAGUGCUCCAGUCUGCACUCUCCUGCAGGGUUUUGAUCUUAAAUCUGAUCGUACUGAGCACUAAGGCUACACUGGUAACGCAACAUUUUGCGUAUUGGUGACAGAAGCCUGGAUCAUUCCAAAAAUGCCAUAGGUUAUCUUCAACAAAUUGGCAAGUAGGCUCAUGUGAAUAAAGAGAUGGACCCACAACAUUUAAAAGUCAGAAGAGGAAAAAAUUCACCCACACAUAUUUUCUGAGAGGAGUACCAAUAGUGAUGCAUAUUGGCAAUACUUGUUCUUGAUGUUGCCAUCCAAAAAAGAACUUUUCACUUUUGCAAUGCCUGGCAGGAGCCCAAGAGGCAUCCAGAGGGUGAUGUACACCAAAGCACAGACAAUGAGGUGUAUAGAGGUGAAGUGUUUGCUUGUCUUUUUCCAGCUCUGAGCUCACGAGACUUCAUGAUUCUGCCAUGCUGGGAUAACCUGUGAUAGAUGGCUUCAUGUAUCAGUUCGAAAACCAAAUUAAAUUAGGGAUUACUGGUAUAAAAUAUUAUUUUCAGCUAUUCCACUAUUUAAAAAAAAAAUAAAUCCUUUCUUCCUGUUGUAGUGUGUAGGUUGGAUACUGAAGUCAAGUCUACAAUAGGGCAUGGGUAAGGUCAAAGACAGAUUUUAAACAGUUGGGGCCACAGCCAUAGCUAGACAGGAUGCCCCAACAAUAUGAACUAAAUCAUGCUGGAAAAUAUUGGGAACUGCCAACAUGAUGAAAGAACAAUUUGAUGUUGUGUUGAGGUACAUGGUUUAGUGGGAGCUAUUGGUAAUAGGUGAACUGGAUGAUCUUUUAGGUCUUUUCCAACCUUGGUGAUGAUUCUAUGAUUCUACGAACAGUAGUGUUUUAAACAGUACAGCAAUAUCUUCUUGCCUAAAGUCUACAAGGACAUAUUGCUCAGUUUCCUGCUUUAGGAAGUAAAUUUGUAGAAGAAUUCUGUAUAAGCAAUGAAAUCUUGAGAAAUGUGUUAAUAUUCUUCCAUAUUUAAUGUUUUUCAUACUUUAUUUAAUGCAACAUUGUAGAGCUCAUGACAACUUUUCUGCCAUAAAAGUGCUAAUUGUAAUAUACUUUCACCAUGCUGGGACUAUUUAAUGUGUUGACACCAGAAAAACAAGGAUUUUUUUCCACUCAGCAUUCCAGAAAUCAGUUUUCCUGCUUGGGGAACCACCCUAUUUCUACAUUAAACUGACUUCCUCAGCCAGAGAAAUACCUGUUUAUCAGAUAAGAACAUGGAUAUAGACAUUCCAGUUAAGCAGAACUAUCAGGAACAAUUCGAGGCUCUCUCUGUAUUUUUCCUUUACUGUGGAGAAAGGCCUGAGUGUGCGAGUAGGAGGCAUUUGGGUGGAUGGCUGUUCUGAACAUGUUGGACUCAGCUGCGCUCCCGGAGAGAUGUCAGCUCUGCAGUGUGUGAAACUGGCUCCUCAGAACAACAAAUAAACGUUACCAUUUUGCAAACGGGAACAUCGCUCUGACACGACGCCUCUCCUCAGCACCAUAAAUGAGCCGACAGAUUGGUUGGGGGAAGAGAGAGACGGAGAGAAUAACGAAGAUCUUUAUUGCUGCCUUCUACAGGAGCGGACCAUGGGAUGCUCUCUAAGGAUCUCCACUUGGAAAUGACUCACCAAUCUCAUCCUUACGAAAAAAAAUAAUAACAUAAAAUGUCCUUUUAUCUCCUGAUUUGGAUGCAAAUUCUUUGCAGCUGAAAUUGUCAUUUGCUAAAUAUCGUACAGAACCCAAUGAUGGGGCUUUGGGGGUGCUUCUGCAAAUUUAAGCAGUUAUCUCAAAGGAAAUGCAAUUCUCCAACUGAUCUUUGAGUGAGUCUUCCCAUCUGUAGUUCUGGUGCCUUACACUCCGUGCACAGAAGUACCUUCAGGUAGGGGGCAAACAAAAAUUGUCCCAUGUAUUUUUCUGAAUUUGGGAAUGGAGCAUAUUAUAUUAUUGCCUGUGACUUUCUGUUACUUCCUAGAGCAUUUUAAUCCUUCAUACUCUCUUAAGCAAUCACAACCAGAAUAACCAAGCUCUUCCAAAUGUCAAGAUGACUCUUGCCUUAACUCCAGUGCUGCUUAGGGAUUCAGACUGCAUGCUACAACUGAGCUCUAGAAAACACUGUUUCUCAGGAAGAAAGCAAAAUAUAGGAGCAAGUAAGAUGCUUGCAAUCCUAUUGUUAUGCCUGUAUAUAUGGAAAACUUUAUUCACCAUUUGACUAAGAAUGUAUAUAUCUAUUAAACUUGUCUUUUAAUUAUGUGAAA